CAGAUCAUCACGCUACCAGGAAACCCAGAGACCCAGCUCGGCCCAGGAGCUCGUCUGGGGCCACCUUCCCCGCAGCGCUCUCUCAAGCUCUAUCUCUGGUUGCCACGGAGACUGGAGGCGGUUGCCACGGAGACCGACGACUGCAAGGACCAACCAAUCACUCCAAAGCUGCGGCUCCAACUCAUCUUUUGGAUGGAGGCAUCAAGCUGGGUGGGGUUCCCUCCCCACUCCGGGCUUCCUGUGCCCUCCAACUAGUCAGAGAGAAGUGGGCUGCUCCCACCACCUCUCCCACAGUACCUCCCCCAGGGCCCCUCCCGGGGUCCCUGCAACCAUGGUUCUAGCCACGCCUCCGCCUAUUCCCAGCUAAGGGGUGAUGCCACCUGGGAGGUGUCCAGACCCGGAAUGUCUUCGAAUCCCUCCUUGGUAAAGGGAGGGGGAUGCUGCGGGAAAAGCAGGGCGGGGCGCAGGCGCCCCACGCCUGCUCGGAUUCGCACACCGCAGGAGAAGGCCUCGACCGGGUUGAGUAGGGAGGGAGCACACCCCCCUCCUACAUCGCGCUCCGCAGUGCCUGGCUCUCCCGCGCAAGCUCACUCAGGCCGCUGGGCGGGCGGGGCGGCGCUGACGUCAUCCACGCUCCCCCCACCCCCACCACCACCCAGCUGAGGGGCGGUGGCCGCUCAGGCUACACCGGGUGGAGGUACGGACAGACGGACCAAGGGACAGAGGGACAGGCGGGCGCACGUCGAGGCCAUGCCCGGGGAGGCUGCCCGCGCCGAGCUGCUGCUGCCUGAGGCGGGUGGGCCUGGGCCCCGCACAGAACUCUCCUGUGAUGCAGCUGCUGCCGCAAUCCUGAGAGGGGACCGGCGGGAGCCCCAUGCCCUGAUCCCAGAGCCCAGCCCCCUGACCCUCACAUUCCUGCCCAGCAAGCCAGGUGCCCGGCCCCAGCCUGAGGGAGCCAGCUGGGAUGCAGGGCCUGGUGGGGCCCCUUCAGCCUGGGCAGACCCAGCGGAAGGCAGCCCGAACCCAGCACACCUUGCAGAGGGCCUGCCCCCCCAGGCUCUACCUGAGGGUCAGCCCCCUGAGGCUCUGCUUGCUAAGGGCCCUCUCCCUGCUGCCCUGGAGCCCCGGAUUGUGAUGGGCGAGGAGACGUGCCAGGCACCCCAGUCACCCAGGGCAGGCCGACUAGUGCUCAGGGAUCAGGAGGGUGGGCUCACCAACCUGUACCCACCCCCUGAGCUGUAUUCUCAGGGUGAUCCUCCUGUGCCUUCCCCUCCCUCAGACCCUGAUUCCUACUUCACCCCUCCCUCUACCCCCACCAAGACCACCUACAUCCUGCUUCCUGGCCACGGGCCCCACAGGGAUACCUGGGACCCAGAGGAUGAGCUGCUGGAUGAGCUGCUAGAUUCCCCACCUGCCUCACCCUCAGGCUCGUACAUCACAGCAGAUGGGGACAGCUGGACCUCAUCACCAUCCUGUUCCCUCAGCUUGCUGGCCCCAGCUGAAGGGCUGGACUUCCCCUCAGACUGGGGCCUCUCCCCACAAGGGUCUGUGGCAGAUGAACAAGAGCCCCAUUCCACUGUGCCCCCAGAGUCCCUGUCCUCUGAGUCCAGUCUUUCAGCAGACAGUGGCUCUUCCUGGGACCAGGAGGGCCACUUCUUCGACCUGGACUUCCUAGCCAAUGACCCAAUGAUCCCUGCAGCCCUCCUGCCCUUCCAGGGCAGCCUUAUCUUCCAGGUGGAGGCAGUGGAGGUGACACCACUGCCCCCAGAAGAAGAGGAGGAGGUAUCAGCUAAUGUUCCUGCCCCAAGUGGGGACCUGGCCGGAGAGGGUGAGGAGGAUAGCACAUCUGCCUCCUUCCUGCAGUCACUGUCUGACCUGUCCAUUAUUGAGGGCAUGGACGAGGCCUUUGCCUUCCGGGAUGACACCUCUGCGGCCUCUUCCGACUCGGACUCAGCCUCCUAUGCAGGGGCAGAUGAUGACAGGCUGUAUAGCGGGGAGCCCCAUGCCCAGCCCAGUGCCCUGCUGCAGGACAGUACCCAGAAGACAGAGCAGGAGCAUAGAAGGGGGGCUGCUCUGUGGAGCCCAGAGGCCACUGGAAAAGUGCCCAACCCUCAGGUCUCAGAGGGAGAGACUCCUAUCACCCACAGCCAGGAAUCAAUUUCAGAAAUAAUGGAAGAGGGCCUUGCUUUAGGCCAGGAGUUUGAAACUACUGUGACCCCUCAUGCUCUUCAGGCAGCCCCAGGCCUUCAGAUGGAGAUAGCUGCCAGGGUGCCCGCUCAGGUCGGUGAAGAAGCAGCUGACUCUACCACUGGAAAAGCACCUGCCACCAGGUCACUGCCUCAGCCCUCCAAGGAGUUCAUGAGUGCUACCUUAGGUCAGGAGCCCCUCACUGCAGAAUCACCUCCAGUUCUGCAAGAAGAAACAAGUCCCACCUUGUGCCCAGAGCCUCCUGAGAACUCAAAGGAAGAAAAUGACUCAGGUCUUCCCUCAGGCCUGGAGACAAUAGCUGCAGCCACACAGGGGCUCCAGCAGGCUGAAGAGAAUGUCACUUUACCCCAGGACUCCCCUGAGACAACACAUCCACCCCUGCAAGAUGCAGUUCCCACCUCAGGCCUAGUGCCUGUGACUGAGGCCACAACAGAGCCCCAAAAGGCUGAAGAGAGUGUCACCGUACCCCAGGAAUCCUCUGAGACAGCACUUCCACCCCUGCAAGAUGCAGGUCCCACCUCAGGCCUAGAGCCUGUGGCUGAGGUCACAACAGAGCCCCAGCAGACUGAAGAGAGUGUCACCGUACCCCAGGAAUCCUCUGAGACAACACUUCCACCCCUGCAAGAUGCAGGUCCCAUCUCAGGCCUAGAGCCUGUGGCUGAGGUCACACCAGAGCCCCAGCAGGCUGAAGAGAGUGUCGCCGUACCCCAGGAAUCCUCUGAGACAGCACUUCCACCCCUGCAAGAUGCAGGUCCCACCUCAGGCCUAGAGCCUGUGGCUGAGGUUACACCAGAGCCCCAGCAGGCUGAAGAGAGUGUCACCGUACCCCAGGACUCCUCUGAGACAGCACUUCCACCCCUGCAAGAUGCAGGUCCCACCUCAGGCCUAGAGCCUGUGGCUGAGGUCACAACAGAGCCCCAGCAGACUGAAGAGAGUGUCACCGUACCCCAGGAAUCCUCUGAGACAGCACUUCCACCCCUGCAAGAUGCAGGCCCCACCUCAGGCCUAGAGCCUGUGGCUGAGGUCACAACAGAGCCCCAGCAGGCUGAAGAGAGUGUCACCGUACCCCAGGAAUCCUCUGAGACAGCACUUCCACCCCUGCAAGAUGCAGGUCCCACCUCAGGCCUAGAGCCUGUGGCUGAGGUUACACCAGAGCCCCAGCAGGCUGAAGAGAGUGUCACCGUACCCCAGGAAUCCUCUGAGACAGCACUUCCACCCCUGCAAGAUGCAGGUCCCACCUCAGGCCUAGAGCCUGUGGCUGAGGUUACACCAGAGCCCCAGCAGGCUGAAGAGAGUGUCACCAUACCCCAGGAAUCCUCUGAGACAGCACUUCCACCCCUGCAAGAUGCAGGUCCCACCUCAGGCCUAGAGCCUGUGGCUGAGGUUACAACAGAGCCCCAGCAGGCUGAAGAGAGUGUCACCAUACCCCAGGACUCCUCUGAGACAGCACUUCCACCCCUGCAAGAUGCAGGCCCCACCUCAGGCCUAGAGCCUGUGGCUGAGGUUACAACAGAGCCCCAGCAGACUGAAGAGAGUGUCACCGUACCCCAGGAAUCCUCUGAGACAGCACUUCCACCCCUGCAAGAUGCAGGCCCCACCUCAGGCCUAGAGCCUGUGGCUGAGGUUACAACAGAGCCCCAGCAGGCUGAAGAGAGUGUCACCGUACCCCAGGACUCCUCUGAGACAGCACUUCCACCCCUGCAAGAUGCAGGCCCCACCUCAGGCCUAGAGCCUGUGGCUGAGGUUACAACAGAGCCCCAGCAGGCUGAAGAGAGUGUCACCGUACCCCAGGACUCCCAUGAGACAGCACUUCCAUCCCUGCAAGAUGAAGGUCCCACCUUAGGCCUAGAGCCUGUGGCUGAGGUUACGACAGAGCUCCAGCAGGCUGAAGAGAGUGUCACCGUACCCCAGGAAUCCUCUGAGACAGCACUUCCACCCCUGCAAGAUGCAGGUCCCACCUCAGGCCUAGAGCCUGUGGCUGAGUUUACAACAGAGCCCCAACAGGCUGAAGAGAGUGUCACCAUAUCCCAGGACUCCCCUGAGACGGCACUUCCACCCCUGCAAGAUGCAGGUCCCACCUCAGGCCUAGAGCCUGUGGCUGAGGUUGCAACAGAGCCCCAGCAGGCUGAAGAGAGUGUCACCAUACCCCAGGACUCCCCUGAGACAGCAGUUCCACUCCUGCAAGUUGCAGGUCCCACCUCAGGCCUAGAGCCUGUGGCUGAGGUUACACCAGAGCCCCAGCAGGCUGAAGAGAGUGUCACCAUACCCCAGGAAUCCUCUGAGACAGCACUUCCACCCCUGCAAAAUGCAGGUCCCACCUCAGGCCUAGAGCCUGUGGCUGAGGCCACAACAGAGCCCCAAAAGGCUGAAGAGAGUGUCACCGUACCCCAGGAAUCCUCUGAGACAGCACUUCCACCCCUGCAAGAUGCAGGUUCCAUCUUCACCUCGGAGCCCCUGACUGUAGACAUUCCUCGGGGCCCAGGGACUAAACCCAUGGCUUGUGUGACCCAGCAGGAAUUAGAUAUGGCCUUAAAACCAAGGCCAGGGCCUGAGGAGCAGGCCCCUGCUAGAGACCCAGAGCCUUCAGCCUUGAACCAGACCCAACAGGAUGGUCCAGAACAAACUGCAAAGACUGGAACUCCUUGGGCCCCAAGGGAAGAGGCAGGUCCCACCUUAGGCAUGGAGGCUCCUGGUCCCCCUCAGUCUGCCUCUGGCACUAGAAAAGUAAUUAAGGGCCUUUCAGCACCUGCAGGGGAAGCAUGUCUUGAAGCCUGUGUGUACACCAGUGAUGGGGCCAAGACCCAGUCACCUUCAAAGGAGGCCCUGAGGGCUAAGAACAAGAAGGGUAUAGGCUCCAAGCAACCAGCACAGGAACAUGGACCUGGAUCAGUGCCCCAAGGUAUAAGGGAGGUACCCACGGCACGUCCUGCUGCCUCACCUGAGGUCAACCAGGCACAGACCCUGAGCCCAGACAAGGAGGGAAGGGGUUUGGGCAGCAAGGCCACCCUGGAACCCACACUUCUCUUGACCAAAGAGGCCAGGUCAAGUUCAGGUCCACGGUCCCCAGCCAGGGCUGUAGGCAGGCUGGACAGGGACUGCCCUGAAGAGCUUACCCCUUCUGUAUCACCUUCCCAGUGGCAGGAGCCUGUGCUAGGGAUGGGCAGUAGAGAGCAGCCCCAGAAAGCCCCUGGUGUGCUCAACUCCUCCCCACUGCAGCUCCCAGAAAACCCUGCCAGGGGCCUGCCUAGUACACCCCAAAACAGGCUCCCUGACCCCUCUGCUCCUGGUGUCCUUACUGGGGAAGCCCCACUGGCUCUGGGACCCCCUGCCUCUUGCCUGUGCCAGGGGCCCCAGGAAAACUCUGUGGAGGGUAAGGAGCCACCUGCUUCUCGGGGCCUUCAGGUGCCUCGGGCAGGAGGAGCCCAGAGGGCCACGGCGGCUGCUGCUGCCACUGCCGCCGCCGCCGCCGCCUCAGGAAACACUCAGCCUCUGGGGACAGGGCAGCGUGUCAGCCUCUCCCCCCACUGUCCACUCCUCAUCCCCAAGGCGGCCCCCAUGGAUGCCAAAGACCCGGCCAAAGACCUGGCCUCUCGGAUCUCACCACCCCGCCAAGUGCCUCCUCCCUCUGGGAUCCAGAGCCCAUCUAGCCCUCAAGGGCUCCCAGCCCCAGAGCAUCAAGAGGACGAUGAGGACAGCCUGGAAGAAGACUCACCUCGGGCCCCAGGCUCAGGCCAGCACUCGGACAGUCAUGGGGAGUCGUCAGCUGAGUUGGAUGAGCAGGACGUCUCAGUUCCUCAGACGGUGCAGUGCCCUGCCCAGGCCCCAACAGGCAGCAGUGAGGAGACCAUCGCCAAAGCCAAGCAGAGUCGCAGUGAAAAGAAGGCUCGAAAAGCAAUGUCGAAGCUGGGCUUGCGGCAGAUUCAGGGAGUCACCAGGAUCACCAUCCAGAAGUCCAAGAACAUUCUCUUUGUCAUCGCCAAGCCUGAUGUCUUCAAGAGCCCUGCCUCAGACACCUAUGUGGUCUUUGGCGAGGCCAAGAUCGAGGACCUAUCCCAGCAAGUACACAAAGCUGCAGCAGAGAAGUUCAAGGUGCCCUCGGAGUCCUCGGCCCUGGUUCCUGAAUCAGCACCUGGGCCCCGUGUGAGGUCAGAGUGUGAGGAAGAGGAGGAGGAGGAGGAGGAAGAGGUGGACGAGGCAGGGCUAGAGCUGCGUGACAUUGAGUUGGUGAUGGCCCAGGCCAAUGUGUCCAGGGCCAAGGCUGUGCGAGCCCUAAGGGACAACCACAGUGACAUCGUCAACGCCAUCAUGGAACUGACAAUGUAGCUGCUGGCCAGAAGCUGGGUACAUCCUGCCCCUUCCCCAAGCUCUGCUGUCCAAUAAAUUGGUGUCCCAUCAUCACCCUCUGGUGUCCCCUCAAUACCCUCUGGCAACUUCUCAAUAUCCACAUUUCCCUGCCAUCCCCUCAUCAUCCUCUGAUCUCACUUCAUCAACAUGCCACCUCAUUGUCCUCUAGUGUCCCCAGAAGACCCUCUGGUGUCCCAUCACUCUGGAAUCCCCUGUGCCCCAACUGCUCUCUUGAUGUCCCCUCAAACUCUGACAUCACCUAACUGCCCUCUGGGGCCUCCUCAAUGUUCUCUGGUAUAACCUCAUGCCCUCUGGCAUUCCAUCAUCAACCUCUGGUAACCCCCAAUACCAUAUGGCAUCACCUAAUUGUCCCCCAGUGUCCUUUCACCACUACAAUGUCCCUUUGCUGUCCUUUGGCAUCCCCUCAGGUCCAGCUAGGGCUAAGACUGGCCAUCUGCUCCACAUUCUCCACUCUCUAAUAGAGACCAGUGACCCAGUGUUGGCCAUAUCUGGAAUAGGUGCCUGGAGGGGCAAGCAUGUGGUUCUUGGGACUCCACAUCAAAGACCCUGCAAGGCCAU